AUGUAUGCCACGCCUUCGGUCGGCACCUCACCUUCUCUUUUUGUCCGCUCGUAUCGGGUGGAGGUAGACCACGCAUCGCCGUGCCCGCCUACGCUAUGCACCACGUCAGAGGCGCUUGCGCACCGUCGACUUUCCUUUGGCGGGCAAGCGGCUUGUCGAGUUUAG